AAAUUAAUGUCAAGAAGUAAAAAUUGAAAACAAUCGCAUAAAAAUUUCGAUUAACAAAAGAAAUCCUUUAGGAAACACAUUAAAAAAUGAUGGAUGACAAAGAUGAAGAAGCUGCUAAUUUGAAAAAAGAAUUUGUCUGGAUGCUGAGGAAACAAGUGCACAAGGAAUUGAAAAGGAUCCAUUCAAUUUUAGUGGAGUGUGCUCAUCGAUUCCCUGUGCCGUUGUACAACAACGAAGGCAAGAAGCAGGACAAAUUCGUAUUGACGACGCCGCCCGAGCAACUUAAAUGCAUCGUCACGCUAACAGGCGACUCGAUAACGCAUGCUGAUAUAAACUUCAAAGUACAACGUCAACAAACGCAAGUACAACGAACGAGCAUCACGCAAGACUCUCCAUGGAAGUUGCAACAAGUGCAAGAUGCCGCAAAUCAUCUUCAAACGGCGAUUUAUCACAUCGACGACGUCGACAGCUCCUACAAAUUCAAGUCUUCGGACGAAGUAAUGCACAUCCUCAAACUCAUUCUGAAUGCGCUUCAACGGGGACGAACAGCUCUCGUUUUGCCACGCAAAAAACCCAUUGACGAGCUCAUGAAAAGUCGCAACAUGAAAUCCCUGUCGCCCAAUUUGCCCGAAGAUCUCGCCAUCAGUUUCUACAUCCAGAGUCACAAGCUCAUCUUUGCCGCCUAUCAACUCACGAAUGUCCAAGGCACGAUGAAAUUCGAAAAAUGGCAGGCAGAGUGUUCCGUUCCGUGGUUGAAUGAAGUUCUCGUACUUUUUACCGUCGCCCUGCAACUGUGUCAACAACUCAAGGACAAAGUGAGCGUUUUUGCGCAAUACAAAGACUUUAAUGUCGAACACAUUCCCUCGUCGGAAGUAACUCCGACCGCUGCAACCCCGACUUAAGAGUUUCAAUGAAGAAAAAUAGGAAAAACUGCCUCAAAAAUAUUAAAAAGAAACAAUUCAAAGCAUUAAAGAUCACAGGUAAACAUUUACACAACGUCGGAUUUUUGAUGCCUUACAAAUUAUUUCGAGAGCAAUUACACGUAGAAAGAUCGCCAUAGUAGAAAAGAUCUAAAAAAGCACAGAAAAAUACAGGACAGAACCUUAUUUUAAAUGAAAAGUCGUGUGUUUACUUAAUUUUUGCCUUAAAAAUUAAUUAUUUUAAAAUAUUUUUCGAAAUUAUUUGUUCUUUAAAAAAUUAAAAAAAAUUAUUU